ACUAAAUAGCCCGUCCAGCCGAUUAUGUAACGCAUUCCGCCAGCCCGUCCCUCGUACCUCAAUCUCAUGUGCCAAAACAACCCAUCCUAGCAUAUCACAUUGAGGCUUCAUUUGCUGCCGGAAAAAGAGCUGCCCGCCUCCCCAGCCUUCAGCUACACCACCACUGCAUCUCUUUAGCCUCCGCUCUGCUUCUACCAACCCCCCCAUCCACCAUCCAUUGACUGCACCACCGACUGAGAGCACCCCGUCCUAUCGGCCUCCUUUACCCCCCUCAGUCGCCCUUCGCCCUUAUCCCGAGCUCCGAAUACCCUCAUAUUCUCCCAAGAUGUCGCAAGUCCACGCCUUGUCCGAUGACCAGGUCGAGCAAGAGCUCCGCAAGAUGACCGCGUUCAUCAAGCAGGAGGCCCUAGAGAAAGCGCACGAGAUCGAGAUCAAGGCGAACGAGGAAUUCAGCAUAGAAAAGUCGAGGCUCGUGCGCGAGGAGACCGACUCGAUCGACGCCGCCCACGCCAAGAAGCUGAAGCAGGCCAGCAUGUCCCAGCAGAUCACCCGCUCCACCGUCGCCAACAAGACCCGCCUCAAGGUCCUCGCCGCCCGCCAGCAGCUGCUCGACGACAUCUUCGCCGCCGCCGCCGCCCGCCUCUCCGACGGCACCGCCGACCCCGCCCGCUACCGCGUCACCCUCAAGAACCUCCUCCUCGAGGGCCUCUACGCCCUCGAGGAGCCCGAAAUCCAGGCCCGCGUCCGCAAGGCCGACUACGACAUCCUCCGCCCCGCCAUCACCGACGCUGAAAAGGAGUACAAGAGCAACACCGGCUUCGACACCAAGGUCACCAUUGACGAGGCGAAUCCGCUCCCAGAGGGCAGCUCCGGAGGCGUCGUCAUCGUCGGCGGCCAGGGCAAGAUCGAGAUCAACAACACCUUCGACGAGCGGCUGCUGCUGCUGCAGUCGAGCAGCCUGCCCGCCGUGCGGCGGACGCUGUUCGGCGAGAAUCCGAACCGCAAAUUCUACGACUAAGGGGGGGGGGGGGCCCGAACUCGGCCGGGCUAGGCGGCUGGCUUGUUCGACACGAUCCGCGGGCGGACGAAUUCCUCACCGUCGCGGCCACACCCCCUCCCGCGCCCAACCUCGCCGGCUGCACGCGCACUCGACGGCCCGUAUUCAGCGCGGGGUGGCUGGGCUGCGGAACCCGGAUAAGUCGAGCAAACCAGGGUCGGACGUCUGUCUGCGAGAAGGAGGGGAAGGCCUUAGCGAAGAGGGGGGCGGGGGGGGUGACGAACGGGAGAAGCAAGGAGAGAGAUAUUAGGAGCGUCGCACACAUGCGCAGACACAUUACACACGUACAUACAUACACACAGACAGGUACUACCUCACCCCUCCUCCAUCUAGAUAGGGGAAUCCGGGGGCGGGGAGGGUGAUAGAAAGGAGACGAAGGGGUUCUUGAUCUCGUAGCCGCUGCUCGCACCGGGAGGCAGUAAAUCGGGGCCGGGUAGACGCGGCAUGCUACGUGCGUACUCGGUCCGCUUAGCCCGCCUGCCUCGCUGUCUACCUCACC